AUGACGACUUUCAGGAAAACCUCCCACCUCCCUCCUACCCUCCAACCCUCAGACAAUUACUAUGAUCUUGGCACCUAUGAACGUCGAGUGACAACGAGCUCACCAGAGGCCCAGUUAUGGUUUAAUCGGGGUCUUGUAUGGGCUUACUCCUUCAACCAUGAAGAGUCCGUUCGCUGUUUCGAGAAAGCCGCCGUCUAUGAUCCCAACUGCGCUAUGGCAUUCUGGGGAAUAGCAUACUCGGCCGGUCCCAACUACAACAAGGCCUGGGUGCGAUUUGAUCGGAACGAUUUGGAGCACUCCGUCCAGAGAUCUAAGACCGCCUUGGGUCGCGCCUUGAGCCUUGCAGACCAGGCCUCUCCGGUUGAACGCGACGUGAUCCGCGCUCUCGCUGCCCGGUUUCCGACCGCCGAAAUCCCUACUAACCUCAAGACGUUGAAUGAUGCUUAUGCAGAGGCCAUGCGUCCGGUAUACCAUGCCUAUCCCCGGGAUCGAGAUGUGAUAGCGUUGUUUGUAGACGCUCUUAUGUGUCGUCGGCCCCGAGACUUGUGGAACGUGGAUACCGGCGAGCCCAGCGACCCUCUCACUGUCGAGGCUCGUACUGUCCUUGAAUCAGGGCUAGCAAGACGCGACGGCUACGAUCAGCCCGCCUUCUGUCAUUUGUACAUUCAUCUCAUGGAAAUGUCUCCCUUCCCCGAAAUAGCCUUACCUGCCGCGGACCGCCUACGCCAUCUUGUUCCCGAAGCCUCCCAUAUGCUGCACAUGGGGAGUCAUAUUGAUAUUGCAGUUGGGGAUUAUCGCCGAGUGGUAUCGUCAAAUCACGACGCCAUGAUCGCCGACGAUAAGUAUUUCUCGAGAGAGAAAGGGUCGAUCCUUUACACGGCGUAUCGAGCACACAACAUCUAUGCAAAGGUGUACGGAGCUAUCAUGUGCGGUCGGUUCAAAGAUGCCAUCUCAGCGGCGAGGCGACUACAUGAUAUUCUGACUGUUGAGAUUCUGUCAAUCAAGAGCCCCCCAAUGGCAGACUGGACCGAAGGUAUUCUUUCGAUUCUGCCGCAUGUUCUGGUCCGGUUCGGUCGAUGGGAUGAUGUCCUUAGCCUGGAGUUGCCGACCCACCGGGAGUUGUUCUGCUCCACCACCGCGAUGAUUUUGUAUGCACGUGGGAUUGCUCAUAGUGUCCUAGGUCACAUAGAGCAGGCCGAACGUGCCCAAAGCGAAUUCGAAGCUGCCCGCUCCAAAGUGCCUGAAAGUCGUCUUAACAGCCUGCCGACCAAAGAAGUCGACGUGCUGAGAGUGGCUUCGGCCAUGUUACAGGGAGAGCUUGAAUACCGCAAGGGUAACAUUGAGUCAGCUUUUUGCAGUCUUCGGAAAGCCGUUGAGCUUGAAGACGCAAUUCCCUAUUGCGACCCGCCAGCAUGGAUGCAACCCGUCCGUCAUGCUCUCGGCGCAUUGUUGUUGGAACAGAACCGGGUUGAAGAAGCUGAGCAGGCCUUCCGGGAAGAUCUCGGUCUGAGUGAGACCUACCCUCGUCGACGAGCUCGGGUUAAUAAUGUCUGGGGUCUGCACGGGCUGUACGAGUGUUUUACACGGUCCGGCAAACAUAAGGAGGCCAUACUUCUUCGUAAUCAACGGGACUUUGCACUGGCAUCUGCGGACACCCCAAUCACUGCAUCGUGUUAUUGUCGCUUAUCGACCUGCGCGGAUGAGACGACCUGCUGCUCAGCGUCAGCAAAAUCGACCUUGUAA